GCACGUCGGCCCGCGUGCCCGAUGCUCGCCACUUCGCCAGUCUCCAAGGAACCGCGGUGGAGUGCACCCGUGUCGCUAGUCGCUUCGCUCAGUCCGCCGUGACGCAUUGUCUCUCGACUUACGGCAAUCAGCCACUCGCGAUCCCCCCCCCUGCCCGCUCCCGAUUACGUCGUCGACGCCUCGCGCCUGGCCCUGCUCUCCGGAUUUUCCGAUUUCCCGCAGGAUUCCCGAUUCGCCUCGAGCCCGGAUUUUAUUGAGUUUUUUGGAUUUUUUACUCUUACACGCUCCCGCGUUGGAUUUUGUGAUUGUGUGUGAUUUGUGAUGACACUUCAGUGCAACAAAUGGAUUACUAAUUCUUUGUUUCGUUAAAAUGUGCAAAUUAUCAAGUGCCGACCCGGGGAAUCAAAACUUGGUCUCAGACAGUGGCAUGAAAUCAGAGAACCUCAGCAGCCUAGACGAUUUACUGGAACCACUCCACGGGUGCAAGGCCCCAAAGGAUGAGGACUUCUUCGUGCCGACGUGCACGAUGAACCGGCCAACGAUGCUGAGCGCCAAGUACCUCGAGAAGGAGGAACGACGCAAGGUGCUCAAGAUCUCCGUGAACAAGCUCAAGAAGAUCGAGGACCCGGAGUCCUCGCUGCGCCGAUCGGUGCUCAUCAACAACACGAUGAAGCGACUCCAGCGCGAAACCCGCGAGGAGAAGCAACGGACGGCCGCCCACAAGCGCGCCACCUACCUCACCCCUCGCACCACGACCGUCGACGCCACGCAGCUGAGCGACAUCACCAACCUCCCGAGUUCGGCGCUGCCGACGACGACCACGCUCCCUGGCGGGCGGACCGAGAGGCUCGAGGCCCCCGCCCCCNCCGCCUCGCGCUGCGCCGCCGGCCGGAAGCGCUCCCUGGACGACAUCGACGACUGCGACGUCACCGACGUCCUCAGCCAGUUCUACAUGCCGCCGACGCCGCGGCUCCUCACCUCCAUCAGCGACGACGAGGACGAAGAACUCAACGUCGUCGACAUCGACUGUCCGUGUCCCUCGCCGAAGAAGCCCCGGCUCGACUCGACCGAGUUCCUCAGCGACCUGUCCGAUAGCAGUAGUUUUAGGAGUAGUUUAGGAAGUAGUUUAAGGAGUAGUGACCUAAGGGACUUCCCCAUGUCCGACCCCGAUCUCCUCCUGGAGCCCUCGCUCCAGUGCCAGUCACAAUCCUCCUACUCGUGUGGCCACUCGUCAGUCUUCAGCGACAUCCAGUCUGUCGUCUUCCACAGUUUGAUCGCCUCGCUCGAGACGUAG